AUGAGCCACAUCAAGGACCUCGAUGAAGCUCACUCCACCGUCAUCAUGGUGCAAGUUGAGAACGAGACAGGAUUGCUGGGUGAUUCCCGGGAUGGAUCAGCCUCGGCCGAGGCCCGCUUCAACGAUGCUGUGCCCGAGGACCUGAUACACUUCCUGGCCCAAGACUGGGAAGCCCUUCAUGUGGAUCUGCAGUCAAACCUCAACCAUUUCAAGACACAGGAUAGUCCCCGCGGGACUUGGGAGCAGGUUUUCGGCAAGAGUCCCCACACAGACGAGCUGUUCAUGGCCUAUCACUACGCUCGCUACGUGAACACGGUCGCUACAGCAGGCAAGAAAGCGUACCCUCUUCCACUGUACACCAACGUCUGGCAGAACUAUGUCGGCGAAGACGGCGACAAUGACUUCCCCGUUGUCGUCGGGGGCGGCGGAGCACCGGGCGAUUAUCCCUCCGGGGGCGGCACAAGCAACGUGCUAGACGUGUGGCAGCGAUUCGCACCCUCGCUGGACUUCAUCGCGCCAGACGUCUACCUGAACGAUUAUGCCAGUUCGUGUCGCAAAUACCGCCACCGCAAUCAGGCACUGUUCAUCCCCGAGCAGCGACGCGACGAGUACGGCGCGAGACGUAUAUGGACCGCGUAUGGUUCAUACCAGGCGAUCGGAGUCUCGCCCUUUGGAAUUGACACGUUAGAACCCAGCACGAAUCCAUUCACACGUCAUUACGGGCUGCUGGAUUCUGUUUCGCAGAUUGUGCUGGACGCACAGACGCGCCCGGACGCAUCGGUCGGGUUCUUCUUCGAUGAGUUGACUGAUGGAAUUGACUCGUGCAAACCCGUGGUCAAACAUUGGGGUGGGUAUGAGAUCACUAUUGAGCGGUGCUUUGUGUUUGGCAAGGCCGGACCGGGCGCAGGCAUGGUAAUUCACCUCGGUGGACCGAAGUUCCUAUUGAUCGGAUGGGGGUUCCAGGUCCGAGCGCGUUCUCUAUCCCCUAGCAGCACAUUCACCGGGUUCCUGCGGUUUGAGGAGCAGACGGUGAGCAACAAGGAAAGUGGUGAGUUGCGGACAUUGCGGGUGUUGAACGGGGAUGAGACGCGCAGUGGGAUCUUCGCUAUGAUGCCAAAUGAGGAUCCGGACUACGGUGGUUUCCCGAUUUGUGUGACUAUCCCUGCACGUACCAUGAUUGCUCAAUUGGAGGUUUACUCCUUUGAAGAGGCUGACGAUGUGUAA